CUAUACUGUAUCGCUGGGGAUGAAUGACACGGUAUUGGAAGUCCGUCUGAAGAGGUCCGUGUUGGUGUGGACGCUUCCUGGCUGCUGCAGAUUGAGCCGUCUGGCGUUGGAUGGCGGCGGCUGGAAGCGUUGAAGGGGAGGGCAGAGAGGGAGUGGCGGGAGGCGGCAUAGUGGGUGUGGAAGUCUUGCACGCUGCCGGCACUGCACACACCUCGUCAGACCUGACGACCUGACAAACAGAAACACACACAGACACAGACAGAGAGAGAGUACAGCGCAUCUCUGUUGUGUGUCCGGUGCUCUGUCUGCCUGUCUGUCUGUCUGUCUGUGUGGGUCAGUUGGUGAUGCAUGAUAUGGAUCAGCACGCCCUCUCGGAGAGGCUCAGCCGACACAAUGGUGGUUAUACUAGUGUUGUCAUCAUCGCGUCCACACCACACACGCCGCUCUCUGACGUCCCUCACCCACACACAUGCGGCUCCCUCUUACCCCCUCUGAGCAUCUCGGGGACGACUCGAGAAGACCCGUACCUCGGCAACUCUGAAACCACAGCCACACACACACACACACACACACACACGUAUCACCCGACAGUUUGAGAAUCCCGUCAGCUUUGUGCUGCCAAUAGAGGCGGGUGACCAUGUCGGCGCUCGCUCGGCCGUUCGUCGGUCUCCGGCGUGUGCGAAUGAAGACGGAUGUCCUGGAGCAGACAAACAGGCCAAUCAAUGGACAAAUCUGCUGCUGUGCCGCUCAUCAUCUUCGAUGUUGCCAAAUGGAUGUUGCCAAGACGGACAGCAUCGGACAGGAAUCCAUAAGUAGCCUUCCCGACUUCGCUUCUGUGCGAUGAUAGUAAGAGCUGGUUUUGAUGCUGCCUGGUCCUGGUUCUGCUGCUGGUGCUGCUGCUGCUCUUCAUUGCUGCCGCUCUCGGAUGGUUCCGUGGAUAUGCAGACGGCAGGCUGCACUGGUGGUGCUGGUGGUGGCGAUGGUGAUGGUGGUGGCUCCUCCUCCGAAGGUGGUGGGUCUUCAUUCGUGUCCUCCGCGUUCGUCUCCUCCUGGCGGCUGCACAGAGGCGGAAACACACCACACACAUGAGGGAGUGUACAGCCAAGAGCCGCAUUCUCGCUGACCUCCCGUCGUCGUCGGUCCUCAGGGAGGCCUCCAAGCGCUCGAUGAGCUGCAUCAUACAACAACAGCCAUCCACCGACUUUGUUUAGUGCUCUUGGAGCGUUUGUCGGGUUGGAUACCUCUCUGUUGUCAUCCAGCAGCUGCUCGAGCCUGUCGACGUCUUUGGAUCUGCAGAAAGAGAGCCGGCCGGUUUGUGCGUCGGGUCGUCUGGCGAGAUGAAUGAGUGAUCUUUCUUACUUGACGCAUUCUGAUAUCGCCACGAGCAGCGCACCCCUGGCGGCUGUCCGCAGGCGCCUCCGCCAU